AUGGUGAAUUUGGCGAAUUCGAGAGGCUUAUUACUUCCUGGGACUAAACUCUUCGAACAGAAAUUCUUGGACCUGUGUUUAUCCCGUACUCCUGAUCAUCCCACGUAUUCUGCUAUGAUUUUUGUCGCCAUCACGGAGUUGAACAAAGAAGGUGGCUCUCGCGAAGAAGCGAUAUCAGAGUUUAUAAAGUCAAAGUACAGGAACUUGCCAUUUGCUCACACGAGUUUGCUCAGUCAUCAUCUAGCUAAGCUUGUGGAGAAAAGAGAGAUACUUUGUGAUUACAACAACAACAGCAACUACUGCUACACUCUCCCGGGAGAGAAGAAGAAUGGUGUUGCUUCCACUGAUGCUGAAAGACAGAGCGCUAUGAUAACGGUGAGAACGAAUUGCCAGCACGAGGAAGAAAGUGUUAGAACUUUGAAGUCUGGGGAUCAUAAAGUUGAUUUGUUUGAAGAACGGGGUUUGACUAAGUCCGAAACGAGCCUCAAACGUAAAUCAUGUGAUGGCAUUAAUGUCCUUGAAAUUGGGGACACGGAAGUUAAUGGAGUCAAGGCAUGUUUAAGGGAUUCGACUGUUGAAAUUCUCAGGAAAGAGGGAGUUGCUACACUACCAGAACCAGAAGUGGCUCUAGAGAAAAGUGAGACUGAAGGUAGGAUUGAAGUAAACAGUGAAGGAGGUGAAUUACAUGAGGUAGUUGUUCUAGAUGAGCAAAAUGAUGUGGUGAUGGAAGAUUCAAGUAAAGGAAAAGAGGAUCUAAUAGAAUUAAUCUCAAAGCAUAGAAAAGCGAAAUUGCGCAGAACAUAUAACAUGAUGGAAGAAGAAUGUGUACAAGUGAAGGGUGAAGCAUAUAAAACUCUUUCGGAAUGCCAAACCGAAGCAUGCGGCAAUAUCAUUGCUCUACAAGAAAUGCUAAAGCAGUGUAGAGAGAAAGACCAGCAGCAGAAGAACAUAGCGGUUUCAGAACUUGAUGAUGUUUCUCGUUUGCCUCUAUCAAUGGAAAGCUGCAAAGAACUGUGGAAGUUUGCCCACAAGAUACAGAGCCAGCUUUCUCUGAUCAUCGAUUCCUUUGAUGAAGCCGUGGUUCCAUAUAAUGAAUCUGGAGGAUGUGAAAUCGAAGGUACAAACAAAGAAUUCUUCAAAGAGGGUCCCAAAAUGAGAGCUCCUCGUGAGAAUAAUGGAUCUGAAAUACUCUCCAAACAGCUUGAACAGAAGGAAAGAGGGAGUGAUUCUCAAAAGAAACCACGGACCAAGAAAACGAGAAUCAAAAGACUCCGAGACAUAGGAACAACAGUAUUGAGGAAAUCACCUCGCGUACACAACAAGCCAAUAUGA